AUCGACCCGCUCGACUGUCCGCUGCUCUUGACUCUUUCCCGGGAACUGCCGGGCGGAGAGGAGUCCAGGCCGAGCAAGUCGAGCGACGAGCUCAGCUGAUGCAACCUGGCUGGACUCGCGUGACAGUUCCGGCACGCGACGGCGGCAGCGGUGGCGGCGGAGACUGAGGAAGGGGCGCGACUCCCAGGCUGAGCGUGUGAAGCAGGGGUAGCGGAGCCAUGGGAGACACUCCCAGCCCUGAAGAGAAGCUGCACCUUAUCACCCGAAACCUACAGGAGGUUCUGGGGGAAGAGAAGCUGAAGGAGAUACUGAAGGAACGGGAACUUAAAAUUUACUGGGGAACAGCAACCACAGGCAAGCCACAUGUGGCUUAUUUCGUGCCCAUGUCGAAGAUUGCAGACUUCUUGAAGGCAGGAUGUGAGGUAACAAUUCUGUUUGCGGAUCUUCACGCAUACCUGGAUAACAUGAAAGCCCCAUGGGAACUUCUAGAACUCCGAGCCAGUUACUAUGAGAAUGUGAUCAAAGCAAUGCUGGAGAGCAUUGGUGUGCCCUUGGAGAAGCUCAAGUUCAUCAAAGGCACUGAUUACCAGCUCAGCAAAGAAUACACACUAGAUGUGUACAGACUCUCCUCGGUGGUCACACAACACGAUGCCAAGAAAGCUGGAGCGGAGGUUGUAAAGCAGGUGGAGCACCCUUUGCUGAGUGGUCUGUUGUACCCUGGACUACAGGCUUUGGAUGAAGAGUAUUUAAAAGUAGACGCCCAAUUUGGAGGCGUUGAUCAGAGAAAAAUUUUCACUUUUGCAGAGAAGUACCUCCCUGGACUUGGCUAUUCAAAACGGGUCCAUCUGAUGAAUCCUAUGGUUCCAGGAUUAACUGGCAGUAAAAUGAGCUCUUCAGAAGAGGAAUCCAAGAUUGAUCUCCUUGAUCGGAAGGAAGACGUGAAGAAAAAAUUGAAGAAGGCAUUCUGUGAGCCGGGAAAUGUGGAGAACAAUGGGGUUCUGUCCUUCAUCAAGCAUGUCCUCUUUCCCCUCAAGUCCGAGUUUGUGAUCCUUCGAGAUGAGAAAUGGGGAGGAAACAAAACCUACACAGCUUACAUGGACCUGGAAAAGGACUUUGCUGAUGAGGUUGUACACCCUGGAGACCUAAAGAAUUCUGUUGAAGUUGCCUUGAAUAAGCUUCUGGAUCCCAUCCGGGAAAAGUUUAAUACCCCUGCACUGAAGAAACUGGCCAGUGCUGCCUACCCAGACCCCUCGAAGCAGAAGCCAACUGCCAAAGGCCCUACCAAGAAUUCAGAACCAGAGGAGGUCAUCCCAUCCCGGCUGGAUAUACGUGUAGGGAAAAUCAUCAGCGUGGAGAAGCACCCAGAUGCAGACAGCCUGUAUGUGGAGAAGAUUGACGUAGGGGAAGCUGAAGCUCGGACCGUGGUGAGUGGCCUCGUGCAGUUUGUGCCCAAGGAGGAACUGCAGGACAGGCUGGUGGUGGUGCUGUGUAAUCUGAAGCCCCAGAAGAUGAGAGGAGUCGAGUCCCAAGGCAUGCUUCUGUGUGCUUCUAUAGAAGGGCUGAACCGCCAGGUUGAACCUCUGGACCCUCCUGCAGGCUCUGCUCCUGGUGAGCGAGUGUUUGUGAAGGGCUAUGAGAAGGGCCAACCAGAUGAGGAGCUCAAGCCCAAGAAGAAAGUCUUUGAGAAGUUGCAGGCUGACUUCAAAAUCUCUGAGGAGUGCAUCGCACAGUGGAAGCAAGCCAACUUCAUGACCAAGCUGGGGCACAUUUCCUGUAAAUCGCUGAAAGGGGGGAACAUAAGCUAGCCAGCCCAGCAUCUUCCUCCCUUCUCCCACCAUCCCCCCCGAGUCAUCUGCUGUCUCUUCAAUUUGUUCCAUCCAUCACCCAUUUAUCCACCUCUCAGGACACUGAAGCAGCAGGUUCGGGUUCUUGCUUAGGUGCAGAACUCAGUAAGGGGCAGCUCACCCGUCCCAGAAUCUGGGAUCAUCCUGGCUGGCUGCAGUGAGACUGAUCCCCUCGGGUAGUAACGAGGGCUGGGCAGCAGCAAGCAGUCCAGGUCUGCCUUCUUCCCUUGGCUGCUGACUUGAGAAAUCUGGUUUCAAUAUAACUUACAGAAAACAUUUAUGCCACAGUCCUUAUAAUUGGAAAAAUAUUGGUUCCCAGGUUUUCUUGGAGUUACCCAGCAGCUGUUGCCUCUAGCUGGGAUCUAGCUGCACUGGGCUAAUUACAUCUUCUCCCCAACAGGAAAUUGUGGGAUUUGAAAAGGAAAAGGAAGGGAAAACAGAACCCAGUGGUCUACCAAGUGGUUGGCAGCUUUCCCAAUGCCUGCCUGCCCUGAGGCUUGGCAUUCGGCUGCAGGGCCUGCCCCACGGCUCCUGGAAUUUCUCUUGAUCCAGCUGGGUUGGGAUACUCCCUAAACCAGCUAUGUGUUUAACAUCAGGGGUGGAUUGGAUGGCACAGAGUGGUUCUUUUUUCACAGAGGGUGCGGUGCUUCUCCAUAAGGCAUCUCAGUCAAAUCACUAACCAUCACUGUCAUAAAUUUAAAUAAAGUAUCUGAACAAGGGUG